AUGGCUAUACCUCCAACCGUAUACGCUCCUUCACACACUUACGCGCAGCAUACUCCACUGAAAGGUCCCCCGCCCAUUAUUGGUACACAGUCGAAGUCGCCAUCUCCGCCGUAUGCUCCGCCGACAGGUCACAUGCCCAUUAUCGGUACGCAGUCGAAGUCGCCAUCCCCGCAGCCAUCAUCGCCACGACCGUAUGAGCCGCAGAUCUAUCGCGAGCCCCUUACUUGUCUCACUCGCGAGAUGCUCUACGAUCACAUAUAUCUGGUCCUCCGGGAUACCUUGACCGACUGGUGGGCGGAGAAUCCGGACGCAAUGCACCGUCUAGUCUACUAUUUGUCCGACUAUGUCAUCAAGCUUGGUAUGGCCGGUAUCUUCGGUCCGAACGGUAUGCAGUCACUCUGGCAACUCUGUAUGUUCAUAGGACAUGAGAGCAAACGAUGCUAUAUGUGUUUGGCCGUCCAGCCAGAACGCGGCCGCACUGGGGGCCCCACGAUCGUUCUUCAAGGCAAACUCUGCGAGAAGGAGGGGAAUGACCCGUUGGUGGACGAGGAGGUCUUCGGAUUGGCCAAGGACGGUUUUGAGAAGGCUGCUCAGGAGAUGCAUGCAAUCAUCCUCGCCAAAUCUCCAGGGACUUAG